AUGGUAGAACCAGUAUCAGUCAUUCUUGGCAUAACUACUGUUAUCAAUCUUGUUUCGGCAGGUAUAAGUUGGUUUAAAAAAAUUAUGGGCAUAGACUCAUCUUUAGCAACCACAUUGUCAAUACCUGUAGCAACAUAUCCAUCAGUUAUAUAUACAUCUUCAAUAAUAGAACAUACUGAAAAAAGUGAAUAUGAAAGUUUCAAAAGAAAGAAAGAACCAUCGCAAGAUUUUGAAUCAAACGAUCAUACAUCAUCGUCAAAUCCUGGUUCAACAAUUGGUUUAAUACUCAUUAUUGUGAUUAUUCUUGCAGUUAUUGCUUUUAUUUUUUAUCGAAAACGAGCUAAAUUACAAGCAAAUAGAUUUAGUUUUCGACAAACUGAAAGAAAAUUUGAAUCAUUAACUAGUCCACCAGCAUCACAAAUAGAACCAAAUCAAACUUUUGUUUGA